AUGGAUGUGAAGACAAAUGGGAGCAAGAAGUAUACCAUCUCUCUUUUUGCAGAGGGACACAAUCACAAGAUGACAGCCUCAGAAAGAUUGCAUUUAUUGCGAUCACAUCGUCGUGUUUCAGAUUCUACAAAAGUACUCACAAAACAGUUGGGUUCGGUUAAUAUCCCCAUUCAUCAGAAGGUAAGUAUUUUCGAGGUGCAAUUCGGAGGAAUGGAUAAAAUCGGUUUGAUCAAAAAGGAUAUUUACAAUCUUGAAUGUAGUGUGAAUGGGAAGCUGAGAAACCACGAUGUUGAACUAGUGAUCGAGUAUUUUAUGGUUGAACAAAAAAAAAAUGAGGCUUUUUAUUUCAAGAUUGAGGGAGAUGGCGAUGACAGGUUUAGCCAAUAUUUUUGGGCAAAUGCAACUUCUAAACGGGUAUACAGGUUUUAUGGAGAUGUUGUUGUAUUCGAUACCACAUUCAACACAAAUCGAUAUGACCUGACAUUUGCACCAAUGUUGGGAGUUAAUAACCAUGGUCAGACAAUUGCCUUAGUAUGCGCAUUUUUGAGCAAGGAAAAGGCUGAGUUGUUUAUUUGGAUGUUUGAGGAGUUUAAGAAAGCCAUGCCAGGUGGCGAACCUAAAACGAUCAUUACAGAUCAAGAUGCGGCAAUGACCAGAGCGAUUUCAAUAGCCUUCUCGACUACAUUUCAUCGACUUUGCAUAUGGCACAUCACAUCAAAGUUCCCUGUUAAGUUACCACAUUCUGCUUAUAAGGAGUAUUGGCGUGAAUUUCAGAAAGCCAUAUGGGAUACAAUAAGGAUGACCUAA